AUGACACUCUUCAAAUCUCUAAAGGAAAAAUUUGAGAAAAAGGACUUUACCACAGAUGUUAUUCUAAGUGACGCGUUGAACGUAGAUAAGAGAACUAUCUUUAGAAACAGAGUUAAUUACGGUGUAAAUCUAGGCUCUUUAUUUGUUCUAGAGUCCUGGAUCUAUGACGACCUAUUCAACGAAGUUGGAGGUGGUAAUACCGAAUUCGAUGCCGUAUCUAAAUGUGCUACAAAGUUUGGUACUAAUGGUGCUGCAGACAGAUUAAGACAACACUAUCAAAGUUAUUUACAAAAGAUUGAUUGGAAUUUUCUACGUAAUAAUGCAAAUAUUACUUCUAUGAGAGUACCAAUUGGUUACUGGCAUGUCAAUAAUGGGUCAUUUUUAAAUGGAUUGCCUUUCCAACCAGUGGCAGGAGUCUACGCUAAUGCCAAACCUUGGGAUUAUCUUAAACAAUUGAUUAGUACCGCCUCCAAGUAUAAUAUUAGUAUUCUUAUAGAUGUUCAUGGCUUACCAGGUGGUGCAAAUAGUGAAGCUCACAGUGGUAUAAUUCAAAAUCCGGCUGUAUUCUUUAAGACUUCCAAAUAUGUUAGUAAGAUGUGUGAUGAGAUUCUUCCAUUUAUUGCUAGAGAUAUAUGUGUCCCAUACGAAAAUAUUGCAGGUUUACAAAUUGUAAAUGAGACUUACUUUGAUAACAGUGCAAAUGAUAUUAAAUCCUAUUAUUCUCGUGCUGUUAGUAGCAUCUCUAAGAUUGAUAAUAAUUUACCAGUUAUUAUUUCAGAUGGUUGGUGGCCUCAACAAUGGUCAGAUUGGGUCUCAGCUAACAAUCUAGUGAAUAAUGUUGUAAUCGACUCACACGUAUAUCGAUGUUUCUCAAAUGAGGAUAAAAGCAAAGAUGCAGGGACUAUCAUAAAUCAAUUACCACAGACAGUAUCACUUGAUAAAGGGAAAGCUGAUUUUGUUGUAGGUGAGUUCUCAUGCGUUUUAGAUGAAGAGACUUGGAAACGUACAAAUGGUAAUCGUAGUGUAUUUAUUUCAAAUUUUGGUACUAUGCAAACAAACAUUUUCCCCAAGAUGGCAAGUUUUGGUUGGUAUUUUUGGACUUUACAAUUCAAAUGGGGUGAUGGUGGUGAAUGGGGAUUUAUACCACAAGUCUCAAAGAAAAAUUUACAAUUGAGAUCAAAAACAGUCAAAUCUAUUGAUCAAAAUACAGUUAGUAGAAUUAUUGCAGAACAUAUCCAAUAUUGGAAUGGAAAAGGUGAUAAGUUUGAACAUUGGAGGUUUGAAGAUGCUAUAAGGCAGGCUGUUAAUGAUAUUCAAGGGUUCAAUGGUUUAGAUAAUUCAAGAAUUGGUAGAUGGAAAUCUUGGACUGCAAGAAGAAGGAGAGAAUAUGUGGCUGCUAAAGGUGAUAGCAGUUUUAUGUGGGAAUGGGACCAAGGAUAUCAACGUGGCUUAGAUGAAUUCAAUAAAUAG